AUGGCCAAGGGUAAGAAACCUAAGUCGGCAGACCAAAAGGCCCGCACGGCAGCGAAGCAAAUGAAGAAGGCCGCGAAAGGCGAGAAAAAGAAAAGCGCCAAAGCAGCGGCUUUGAACGCCGAUUCGGACGGUGACGACGAUGGUGAUCUUGAUGCUAUGCUAGCUGCUUACGCUGAAGAGCAGGCCAAGUACCUCAAGGUCACAGAGCAGCCUUGUGACCCUCCUGGCCCGAGGUCGUCCAGCACCAUAGUCGCCUCGCCCUCCAACAGAAACGAGCUGUUCGUUUUUGGUGGCGAGUACCAUGAUGGGAGCACCGCCUCCUUCUACAAUGACCUAUUCGUAUACCUCAUCGAUAAAGGUGAGUGGCACCAGAUAGUCUCAGGAAACAGCCCCUUGCCCCGGAGCGGGCAUGCUGCCUGUCGAGGCGGUAACACUGGUGGCAUUUACGUCUCUGGGGGUGAAUUUUCCUCCCCGAAGCAGAACCAAUUUUAUCACUAUCACGACUUUUGGCAUUUGGACACUGAAACAAGAGAGUGGAUCAAGCUCGAACCACGGGGAAAAGGCAAAAGCCCACCUGCUAGAAGCGGUCACCGGAUGACAUAUUUCAAGAACUAUAUUGUGCUCUUCGGCGGUUUUCAAGACACGUCACAGCAAACAAAGUACCUCAAUGACACAUGGAUUUAUGACUGCAAGGAGAAUACGUGGCAUGAGAUGAAACUACAACCGGCAGCCCAAAGACCCGACCCUCGUUCCUCGUUCAGUUUGCUGCCCCACGAAUCUGGCGCUGUUUUGUACGGAGGCUACUCUCGUGUGAAGACAACCACAGGUGCUGGAGCUGGCGGGAAGCAAGCUGGCAAAGGGAGCAGCGGUUCAGCCCCAGUGCGCAAUAUCCUCAAACCUCUUGUGCACCAAGAUACAUGGUUCCUCCGCAUCACGCCGCCAGCCUCAGAUGCCCCAAGCGGUACCCCUCCAGCACUCCGCUGGGAACGUCGGAAACGGCCGGCCAAUGCACCAAACCCACCUCGGGCAGGUGUAACCAUGUCCUUCCAUAAAGGGCGCGGGAUCUUGUUCGGAGGCGUGCACGAUGUCGAAGACAGCGAAGAAGGCAUUGACAGCGAGUUUUUCAACGAGCUGUUUAUCUGGAACAUUGAUCGAAAUCGAUUCUUCCCACUGUCCCUGAGAAGGCCGAAGGCCGGCGGUCCCAAAAAGCAACUCCAGAACGCAGCCCGAGGAGGUCGGGCUCGAGGCAAAGCGGACGAGGAAGAACUCCUGCGCAACCUCGCGGCUCUCGAGACCAAGGGCACGAUAUCGGCCGCCGAGGGUAUCGAGCUUGAUAUAAAGGACGAGGAAGAGCCUGAACCCGAGCCUCCGAAACGUGUCUAUCCCGUGCGGUUCGAGAUGCCCCAUCCUCGCUUCAACGCGCAGCUUGCCGUACAGGACGACACGCUGUAUAUCUUUGGAGGCACCUUGGAGAAGAAAGACGUCGAAAUCACGUUCUCUGACCUCUACGCCAUUGACCUGGGCAAGCUCGACGGUGUGAAAGAACUGCACUACGUCGAACCGACCAAUUGGAACGUGACUAUCCAAGAAGAUAGCGACGAGGAGAUGGAUGAUGAUGAUGACGACGACGACGAUGAUGACCUCGAAGGCGGGGACGAUGAGAUGGAAGACAUGGACACGGACGAAGACCUCGAAAGUAGAACGGACACCAUGUCCAUCGACACGCGGCCCUCCAUCUCCACAGCCCAAACGACACCCAUGUUACGGCCGACCGAACUCGAGACCGAACCCGAGAUCCUUGCGUCGCAGGACCCCCGCCCCUUCCCACGCCCGUUCGAGUCUCGCCGAGACUUCUACACCCGCACCUCGGAAGACUGGCAGCGCUUGCUCAUCGAGAAUCAGUCGUACGGGGGCAGAGCUGAGAUGGCGGCGUUGGCGGCAGAGCAGACGAUCAAGGAGUUGAGGAAGAAGGCAUUCGAACAGGCAGAGGAGAGGUGGUGGGAUUGUCGCGAGGAGGUGGCGAGAUUGGAGGACGAGCAGGAAGAGGCGGGCAUUGGCGAGAUUGUCAGCAUGGAAGGUCGGAGUGCUGACGCGGGCGCGGGCAGGAGACGUUAA